AUGAAAGAUGUCUUCACCUUAAAUCUUCUCCUCAAAGAAGCCAUUGCCCAUGGCUGUCAUCACAAAGCCUUUCAACUCAUUAACCAGUUUCAAAGUUCAGGAGGUCGCCCUAAUACUUAUACCUUUCCACUUUUGGCAAAAUCUUUAAUUUCCAAUUCUGCCCUUCCCUGUGCUCCAUCUCUCCAUUGUUUAGCUCUCAAACAAGGCUUGAGUUCUGAUAUAUCAGUUGCCACCUCUUUUGUGGCCCUUUAUGGCAAAUUAGGAUUUGUAAAAAGUGCACUAAGGGUGUUUGAUGAGAGAGAAGAGAGAGAUUUUGUUUUAUUCACUGCUAUGAUCUCUGUUUACGUUGAAAAUGGAGCUAUUGAUGAGGGUUUGAGAUUGUUUGGGCGCUUGAAUAAAGAGGGGUUGAGGCCUGGUGCAAUUACCUUGGUUUCAGCUCUAAUGGCGUGUAUGAAUAUGUCUGAAAAUCUAUGGGGAAAAGGGGUUCAUGGGUUCGGUUUAAAGAUGGGUUUUGGACAUGAUUGCUGCUUCGGAGCUUGUCUUGUGAGCUUCUACUGUAAAAUUCAGUGUUUUAGAGGUGCCCGUAAUGUGUUUGAUGGAGUUUAUCAUAGAGAUGUUGCUUUGUGUAAUGCAAUGAUUUCUGGGUUUGCACAGAGAGGGAUGGAUUUGGAGGCGUUUGGUUGUUUUAGAGAGAUGAGAGAGAAUAGUUUUAGAGUUAACGCGAACAGUUUCACUGGUUUACUAAAGGUUUGUGCUAAUUCUGGUGCUAAUUGGUUGUUCAAGCCUCAUAUUUGCUCAAAUGCCUGUGAGAAGUAUUGUUCAUGGACUGCCAUGAUGGGAGCUUAUGUGCAUAAUGGACAUAGCCAUCAUGCAUUAAAGCUAUUGCAUCAGAUGCAAAUUGAGGGUGUUAAGCCUGAUAUGGCAGCUCUAGUCUGUGCAUUAUCGGCUUGUGGGCAUUUGGGAAGCCUAAAGCAUGGAUCAUGCAUCCACGGAUAUAUCAUAAGGAAUUUUUGUGAAAUUGGACAUGUGGGGAUGACGAUCAUCAUCGACAUGUAUGCCAAGUGUGGCAGCUUGGCUUCUUCUUACGCUUGCUUUGAUGGCAUGGCAUGUAAGAAUUUGCAUGCAUGGAGUUCAAUGAUUCGAGGUUACGGCAUGCAUGGCCAUGCCAUAGAAGCCAUGCAUCUUUUUGAUGAGAUGUUAAUGAAUGGUGUAAAACCUGAUGGGGUCAUCUUCUUAUCGGUCCUAUCAGCUUGUAGCCAUGGAGGCUUGGUGGAGGAAGGUAAGCAUUAUUUCCAUGUCAUGACCCGUGACCAUGGCAUCGAGCCUAAUGAGAAGCACUAUGCAUGCAUGGUUGACCUCUUGAGCAGAGCUGGUAGGCUUGAUGAGGCUCAUGGUCUUUUGAUGACCAUGCCCAUGCAGAAGAGCAUGGCCAUGACAAAAAGCAUGGGUGCAAGUGCUUAA